UCAAAUCAGAAGUUAUCAAGUGAGGGCACUAUAACAGAAGUUGCUGGUUACGCUCUCGCCGUGGGUGCCUGAUUUAAAAAUGGAUUCUACAUAUUUUUUAAGGAUUCUUUUUGCCUUGUUUCCUGCUUAUGUAACCUGUUUGGAGAAUUAUGAAGGGAACAUGCCAACCGCUAAUUUGCAAAGAGUUCAGCACACACUUUCCCUGUGAUUGGCCCUGAGGUGAAACAAACGGGAAACUGGAUUGAUCCUGCUUACACUUCUGCUCCCCUGCCCCACCGUCAAGGCACCCAUGGAAGUUAUGCUGAUGCUCAUAAAGAGAGCUUGUUUGCAGGAUCAAACGUAAAAUUGCAUUCAAAAGAUUGUCAGACCUCUGCUAAAAGUGAUUAUCAAGGAAAUCAUAUGAUUAAUUAUAAGGCUUCUGUUCCAAAAUAUGACUUGCCUGGGUUUGGUCAACCCUCUGUUCAGUAUGAAACUCGUACAGAUGCCUUCAAAAAUGUGAAGCCUGGUAGCUGGCUGGCUUCUACCUCAUCUCAGAGCAGGUCCACCUUGAUGAGAACCCCGAAAGUACCCUCUAGAGUUGAAUCUAGUUAUGAGGUGGCUAAAACUGCUGGAUCUAAUGAUAUCUUUGUAGUGAAGCCUUCUAAAAACACACAAAGCCAUGUGGAGUUCAACACUGAAGUUACCAGAGACCCACUUGCAAGAGGCCCAAAUUAUGGAUCAACCUCUCUCUCAAGUCCGGUUUUCCAUCAGUAUACUUCAUCUAAGGGAAGCCAGAGUACUAGCAAGCUCCAGACAGCCAGUAGCAGUUAUGGCCCAUUCAUGAAGGGAAUCCCUGUGUACUCAAGUAUGAAUCCAAGAAAACCCUCUCGUAGUGGAUUCAAAUACACUGAGGCCAAGCCUUCAGUUGUUAGCUCGGGGGCAAUCUUUGUAGUUCAAGGUGGAGGAAAUGCUCAAAGUCUUGGAGGCUAUAGUGGGCAUCCAGCUUCAGUAAAACCACUUGGAGGUCCCAGUCAAGCUGACCCCUAUCAGGCCAGUCAGAUCUCUAGAGAUACUAGAUUGGCUGCCAACAGUCAGGGCAAAUCAUGGAAUGAACCUCUUCACUACUCCACAAGUGGAACUCAAUACAGUCCCAGCUCUGAGCCAAGAAAACCUUACAAAAAUGACUAUAGGGACAAUGCUAGAUCUUCAAUUGCCAGCUCUGGUGGGAUUCUUCUCAAGGCCCCAGAAAGUGCUCCGAUAAACGAGUUACCACCUCACUAUGACGCUACCCACCCCAAAUUCCAGCAGACCUACAAUAUCCACAGUCAACCUAAUCGAAUCUUUGAGCCUGUCUACCCCUCUCAAAGUGGGGCUCAGUGUGAUGUAGCAAAGUCCUCAAUUGCCAGUUCUGGUGCAAUCCUGAUGCAGGCUCCUGCAAAUAUUCAAAAUAGAGUAGAAUCCAACAAACCCAAAGUUCAUCCUAGCUUUCCAGAGCGUAAAGUCCCAUUUGCCCCUGGUCAGACUGCUCUCAAACACCAGUCUGGGUAUCAGGCCUUCUCCUCUUUGAAGGGAACCCCAUACAAACCAAGUUCAGUGCCCUCAAGGCCUUCAAGUAAAAUUGGAUUCAGUGCAUCUAACCCCACUAUUGCUGGAUCGAAUAAGAUCAAUACAGUCCACGUAAGGCUUCAUAAACCACCCAAGAGCAGCUUUGGUAGUUUUCAGAACCAACGGGCUUCUGGUGACAUUAGCAGUGGUGCUUUCCAAAGUUCCUUACCUCCAAGUUACCGGAGCCAGAGGCCAGGUCAAAAUGUACAAAAGCCUGUUAGUUCUUCAGCCCAUUAUUCCAAAGGAGUCCAAAGCCGAGAUAGCACCAGGCGUAUUACUACCAUUCCAAGUGAGUUUGGCCAAGGUCAUAUCCGAAGGACUUCUCCUACACUUUCCAGCAGCUACAGACAAGCUGAGCAAAACCAGCCUCAAGUUAACAGCUUGGAUUCCUUGGCCUCUAAGUGUGAAGUGACCCAGAAUAGCCCUGCAGGUUUUGGUCAACAGGGCCCAGUCAGAUUCCAGGAAGCGAAUCUCUCCAUCUAGAAGCAGUUCUCAACGUCUGCUAUAAACCUUGAUAAGGUGCGUGUUGGGGAGGCUGUCAGUCAUCAGGCUCCGGUCUUUGCAAGGACUACAGGAUGCUCUGACUGAUCCAGUGUGCUGCUGUUCAGUGGACACAGGGAAUUGUCCUGGCAAUAUAUGACUCUACUCUUGAUGCACCACCCUUUCAAAAACUGUACAUGUAGUGUUAAUAAAAAUGUUAAAUCUACAA